AACCAUUCAUGCAAUCUUUCAAACCACAAUAACAUUUUUUUCAUCUUCAUAGCAUCAUAGACUUAAUAACCAUUUAACAAACUUUGAACCUUGCAAAAAGGGCUAUAGAAUUCUGCAUAUUCAUCUGUAUUUUUGAAUUUUGAGUAUAUCUACAAACAUGGUUUUUAGCCAAUUUGUUUGUCUUAUUGAAGAGGAGAAGACAUCACAGAAUGAUGAUAGCAACUCAACUUCAUGUUCAACUUUUUUUGGUUUGAUAGAUUUUUUCAUAUAUUCAACAUUAUUCAUCAGAAUACAAAAGUUUUUUUCAACUUUUUGGUUUUUCCUUCUCUGCCAACUUCGUUCCGGUGACUACGAAGUAAAGGGAGAGAAGCAGGUAUUAGAAACUGAAUCAAAUGUUAGCAGAGAAAGUGGAGAGAUUAAGAGGGUUGAAGUUGAAACGGUGAUGGCGAAAAUGGGAAUUUUUUGCAGCUCAGAAAGUGAUGAACUUGAUGAAAAAUAUGGUUCAAAUGAACUUUCUGAAUUGUUUGAUGAGAAUGAGCCAAGUUUGGAGGAAGUGAAGAUGGCUUUUGACGUUUUUGAUGAGAACAAAGAUGGAUUUAUUGAUGCAAAGGAAUUGCAAAGAGUUAUGUGUAUUUUGGGAUUGAAUGAAGGUUUAGAAGUUAAGAAUUGUCAGAAGAUGAUCAAGAAUUUUGAUGAAAACCAAGAUGGAAGAAUUGAUUUCACUGAAUUUGUAAAAAUUAUGGAAAACAGAUUGUGUUGAUUUUCUUUUUUUUUUUGUCCUUUGUUUAAAGGAUUUAUAUAAUGAGUUUAUUUUGACAUGUUCUUUUA